UAGUUUGACUAUUGUUUUGGCAAUUAUAGGCAAUUUAGAUGCCAGUUGUCCAGGCAAUGAUCAAUGGCCCGGAGCGCCAAACUAUACCCAGAUUGGCCUAAAAUAUGAAUCACAAACCGAUGAGCAGCUAAUUAAACAAAAUGGUAAACUAGUUCAACAAAGAUGUCAAUUGUAUAAUACGAAUGCUAAAUGGAUGAAACAACAAGGCCUGGACUAUAUGGCUGUCAGACAACUGGGCAGUUGUCUGUAUGACAUUCAGGAUACGGUACGUUGCGUAUCGGCUAUCAAUCAAGUUGAAGAUCCAAAAGUACGGCACCAGUUUAUGAUAGUGGAAACACAGUGGACAGAUUUUUGGACUAAUUACUAUACGGAUUUUGUAAAUAGCCAACAAAAUUGUUCGAUGGAAGAUAUUGUAGACAAUUACAAACGUCAAAAUCAAAAUGAUUUGGCAACCCUAGGAAAAUUGUUGGACGAAAAACGUAAAGAAGUUUUACAGGAAAUGCAAUUAGAAAUCAAAAACGAUAACAACGCUGAUAAACAAGAUAUAUUUUGGAUACCAUUGGACACAUUGAUAUUAGAUGACGCUAAACGUGGUUUUGAAAAUGAUGAUAAAAGAUUGUCGAAAAUAUCGGAUCAGUCGAUUAAAUUGAAAACAUUGUAUAUGUUGUUAAAUACAUUAGAUUAUACAUUAGGAGGCUAUAAAGCUAUACACUCUCAAUAAACAACAACAACAAUAUCAAAAAU